GGGCGACGGCCGCGGUGACGCUGUUUGCGCCGGGCGGGCGGCGGCGCGUGAGGCGCGCGAUUCCCGGUGCCUUGGGAGCAGUGCCCCGGCCCCCGCCGUUCCCACUGACGCCAUGUCGGGCCGGUCUGUCCGGGCCGAGACCCGCAGCCGGGCCAAGGAUGAUAUCAAGAAGGUGAUGGCGGCCAUCGAGAAAGUGCGGAAAUGGGAGAAAAAGUGGGUGACUGUGGGUGACACAUCCCUUAGGAUAUUUAAGUGGGUUCCUGUGACAGACAACAAGGAGAAAGAAAAGUCAAAAUCGAACAGUUCAGCAGCCCGGGAACCUAAUGGCUUUCCCUCUGAUGCCUCAGCCAAUUCCUCUCUCCUUCUUGAAUUCCAGGAUGAAAACAGCAACCAGAGUUCCGUGUCUGAUGUCUAUCAGCUCAAGGUGGACAGCAGCACCAACUCGAGCCCCAGCCCCCAGCAGAGCGAGUCCCUGAGCCCAGCGCACACCUCCGACUUCCGCACAGAUGACUCCCAGCCCCCCACCCUGGGCCAGGAGAUCCUUGAGGAGCCCUCCCUGCCCGCCUCAGAAGUUGCUGAUGAACCUCCCACCCUCACGAAGGAAGAACCAGUUCCAUUAGAGACACAGAUUGCUGAGGAAGAGGAAGACUCAGGUGCGCCUCCCCUGAAACGCUUCUGUGUGGACCAGCCCGCAGUGCCACAGACAGCGUCAGAAAGCUAGCACCACCCUGGCACCCUUCGCCUCCUGGCCCCAGGCCUCUCUUGCAUUCUGGUUCUGGCUGUGCUGUGCUGCUGGGCUAAGGGCAAGCACUGGGCUCCAGAGCCUGCACAUAGGAGCUUUCUGGGCUGGAAGGCUGACAUAGGACUGGGGGUCGUAACGUCAUCUUCCCGUCCCUGGCACCUGUGUCUGCUUGAUCCUGAGAAGAGGAGCACUCCUGUCCUUUUUGCACCCCAAGUAGGCUGGAGCAUCGGCCACUCCAGGGUUCAUCUGUCACCUCCAGGUAGCAGUCUCUGCUCCGGAACCUCUGGACUGAGCUGCUGGUGCUUCUACAAGAGGAAAGAGAUGUGGAAGGCAUCCUCUAGAGAAGAGAGUGCCUAGGGCUUACUUGAAUUGAAUGGAGACUGUAGAUUCAUGGACUUUCGCAUAGGGCUAGGGGCCCUGUAGGCUGCUGUUGGAGAAUGCCUGAGUAGACUCCGGAGGCAAGGGAAGGGCUUCGCUCCAUGAGAGGGUGGAAAAGUCCAUAUAGAUUUCUUGCUAUCCUGGCACUUCUGCCCAUUCCUGAGGUUAUCCUGCCUCUCAUGGGCUCUCUGGCUGCUGACAGUCCUUUGUCCCCCACUGUAACCAUCCCCUUCCCCCAACACACACGCGCGCGCGCACACACACACACACACACACACGCACGCGCAGCUUUUGUUGUUUCCACCUGGACAUUUCAUUCCAGCAUCCCCUGCCUCCCGCCACGGUCCCCAGCACUCCUGCCGCAAACUCUGCCCCAGCAAGAAUUUGAGGUUCUGACAACAGCACCCAUUCCCACAGUACUCCUUCAGCUCAGACUUUCUAGAAAGUUCCCUUUUCUUUGAAAUCUGCAUGUUUAAUUGAACCUCGUGAUUUUAUUUUUUGUUUCAAAAAAGUUUAAGAAAAUGGAAAUGGGCAACAGUGAGUGAAGACAUAUUUUAGCACCGAAUAGAAUAUUUUUAAAAUUAAACUAUUUGAAAUAUGUCUUGUUGGUAGCUGAGUGCUUCAUUCUUGAAGGUUGUGGAGGGCAGGGGCUGGGGGGGCGUGGUGGCUGAGUGCUAGCGAAGUCACUGUGGGCUGGGCCCUGCCAAUUGUCUUCACUCCCACAGAGUGACUUUCUGAUGAAAAUGAUUUGGAGACUCCAUUUGAAGUUGUCAUGUACUUGGAAUUAUACUUCUGUCCCCGCCUACACCAAAUGAAAACCUGUGUACACUGCACAGCUCCAGGUCCUUAGGAGGCUGACUUUUGUUCUUUAACUUUUGUUUUAUUAUGGUAAAAUACACAACCAUAAAACGUACCAUUUUUAACCAUUUUAAAGUGCACAGUUCAGUGGCACUAAGUACAUUCACAGUAUUGCGCAGUCAUCACCACUGUCUAGCUCCAAACAUUUUCAUCACUUCAAACAGAAAUCCAUACCCUUUAAGCCCUUUAAGCCCUCACUCCCCAUUUGCCCCUCCCCCGAAGGCCCUGGCUAUCACAAGUCUGCUUUUUGUCCAUGGGUUCCUCCUUUUUGCUCCCGAUUCCAAAGGAAAACAGUAGAGUCAUGGUGGAAAAGAAUUCUACAUUCUAUAUCUCCAAGAAUUUCAUUUCCUGGACUUCCCUGGUGGCGCAGUGGUUAGGACGCCACGCUCCCAAUGCAGGGGGCCCGGGUUCGGUCCCUGGUCAGGGAACUAGAUCCCACAUGCCGCAGCUAAGAGUUCCCAUGCCACAACUAAGGAGCCCACGUGCCACAACUUAAGGAGCUGGUGCAACUAAAAUAAAUAUUAAAAAAAAUUUCAUUUCCGUAUUCCCUAAAGCGAUUCCUCUCAUUUCUCUUAGGGGCUCCAGGUGUCAUGGAUGAAACUAGAAUCCCAGUUAAUUCUGUUGCCUUUUUUUUUGUCAUCUCUAGUUGGUUUUUUCGUCAUCUUUAGUUGUUUUUUUCUUAAAAAUUUAACAGGUACUAAAAAACUUUAAUGUCACAGAUACUAGAAUCAUAUGUGGUACAUGAAGUAUGUCUUAAUUUGUUUAAACAAAGGAAGCUAUUGAAAGUAUAAUGACCAAGAGACCAUAAAAAGUGACCAGGCAGAUUUUGGAAAAGAAUCAAAUAGAGGAUCCUUUUAGUGGGGAAUAGUAUUAAGAAACCUAGAUAAACCUAGUUUUGCUGAAGAGGAAGGAGUCUGAGGGAAGAAACAGAAACACAGGACAGAUUGUGGAGGGCCUUGAAGGUCACGUCAAGAGAGUUUGGUUUUACUCUGUUGGCUUUAGGAAGCCAACCAUUAGAAGCCAAGAACAGGGGAGUGACAUAGCAAGAUGCCAUGGAGAGGAAAGAGAGGGAGGCAGGGGGACAAGUUGGAAGGACCCUGCCAACCUUAUCCAGAUAUGUUGGCACUUAUCAAGAGGAGGCUUACAGUUCUGUGAGUUUGAGGAUAGAACAGCGAUAGGUAUAUGGAAAACAAAGUAAAAUACAUGAGGCAAACCAGGGGAAACAAAAGAAGAAAGGAAAUGCAAUCAGUUCACCAUGUGGAUCAUUUGUGAAUAAUUCAUAAUCAUAAGUUAUACACUGACUAUUGCAACAUAAUUAUAUAUGCUUGUAUACAUGUAUGGUGUUUCUGGGGGAUAUAAGAGGGCUAAGUUCUCAUCUUCCACUGACGAAAGUCAACAGCUAAUAUUAAAACUGAAAAACUAAAGAAAACAGCAAUAUAUAUGUUAUUUAGAAAUAGGGAGGUAAAUACCAGAGGAAACAGCUUAAUGUAUUGAAAAUGGGUGCCUGGGGGAAGCAGGAAGUGGAUGGGGGAGAGCACUGCAGGGCUGCUUUUUGUAGAACUAUUUGUUUUCUUAACUCCAUCUAUAUGUUUCCUUUUUGGAACCAUGUCCAUUUUACCAUGAAAAAAGACAUAAUUUUAAUGUAGUUUAAAACAUUUUUAAAGAAGAAAGUCAUUACAGUAGUAGUUUUGGCCAGAAAUAAUUGAAGUAGGAUGCAGUGGGGAUGGCAGGAAGGGGAUGGUUCACGAUUUUAGGCAGGCAGAAUUGCUGUCAUCUGAUUGACUCUAUGGCGGUGGAGCUCAAGAGAGGUCAAGGCAGAGCCUGUGAGGUUGUGAGGAAGGUGGGGCCAUUAAUAGAAAUAAAAAACACCCACACAGAGCAGGUGAUGGAGGGAACAGAGAUCACAGACUGCAGAUUUGGGAUGUUUUGAGGUUUAGGAACCAACAGGACAGGCCGGAAAAUACCAGCCAGAAACUGAAACUGUAGGGAAUUCCCUGGCGGUCCAGCGGUUAGGACUCCAUGCUUCCACUGCAGGGGGCACGGGUUAGAUCCCUGGUCAGAGAACUAAGAUCCCCCCUAUCCACAUGGUGCAGUCAAAAAAAAAAAAAAAUGACAAGCUGAAACUGUCUAAUCAAGGGUUUCAGUGUGCAUCAGUGGAAGAGGGGUGUUAAAAAAUCUUGUGUCAAUUAGCUCCAUUGUUUGUAAAUUGGAGCCAUAGAAAGAAAUGGAGGACAACCACCAAGCAAUAGUCACAUUAAAGUUUAUUAUUUUUUUCUAUUUUAAAAUGAAAAUAUAAUCACUAUAGAAAAACAAAUGGAAAAAUAUACAAAAAGAUAACGAAGAAAAUAAAACCAACCAUAACUCCAUCUCUCCAAGGUAAACACUAUUCUUUGUUUGGAGAGACACUUCUUAGCUCCUUUUCUUGGGACUCCAGCUACUAGGCUGUAUUCACAAAGCCCCACUUCUAGCUUCCACUUCGGUCUGCAGGAUUUCCAGCUGUGUUCUGGAUGGCUCUCCAGGGUACCGGUCUCCGGUUCUUAUGGCUGAAACUGAGUCCAUCACUGAGUCUCCCAUUUUAGAUCUCCGCUUUAUCACCACCAGGGGCUGGAUUCCAGUCCACAGCAGCCCCAAGCACUGAAAUGACUAUGGUGACCAUUCUCAUGUGCAAUUAGAUGCGUUUUUUUAAAUAUCAAAAGUUUCCAAAAUUUGUUUUUUGGAUGUUUUUGGAGUCCUUAUUCUGUGUGUAGUCUGCUGUUAGUUAUCUAGUUCUGCAAGUGUCCAUCCCAUUAGCCACUUAGUCUGUGCCUCAAAUCUGGCCACCUGUCUCCACUGAUCUUGCUACACAUUUGAGGCCCUUGCCACCAGUGCCACAAACUACUGCAGUUCCCUCCUAUAGAGUCGCUUCAAUUCAACCCUCACACGCUUUGGCCAGGAUGAUGACUUCCUCUGCCACUCUCAUCUCUUGAUACUUUCUGCCUGAAAAAUCCCUAUGUUUUAGGCACAUUGUCCUGAAUUUACCAAGUCUGCUCUGCUGCUCCCUCUGCCUAGAAGGUUCGUCCCUCAUUUCCUCUGCCUAGUGGAGUGGGCUACUUGCCUCUUCACAAUCAACUCAGAUGCCACAUCCUCUGAGGUUUCUCCUAAUCCUCUUAGAGGAAAUUGCUACUGAAGGAAGAAGAGCUCCCUUCUCUGCUAGGUGAUCAGAAGGGGCUUCAUAGAGAUGGCGUCUGACCUAUAUCAAUGGAAAACAAAAAUGUUGCCUGCCACAUCAGUAAACAAAGGAUGUUGCAGGCAACAAGCCAUCACCUUACAGCUGAGCCAUGAGGGAACUCAGGAUAGAAACAGGAUGCCCGCCAUCUAGCAGUGCCCCCCGCCCCCCGCCGACCCCCAAACUCAGGAAGAGAAAGCACAGGAUACUGGCCCCAGAUAGCUGAGGUGUAUAUCAAAGGAAUGAUUUCAGUGAGCCCUGACUUUUGCAUCUUCCCAUACAUAGAAAAGCAAUAAAUCUCUUAACUUGAGAUAUCUGGUUUUCUUUAACAGUAAUCUUUCGAUAUUCUGACUACUACCUGGUCUUUGUUGCAAAAACUCCUAUGUAUCCUGGCUCCUCCCUUACCUCUUCCAAGCAGUCUCUCAGAGCUAUCUGAGAUGUUGUGUCCUGGACUUAAAUCCUCGGUUUUGUCUGCCAAAUAAAACAUAAUUCUCAACUU